UUUUUUUUUUUGACCAGUUCAUCCUUUUCAGAGCUAUUGUUUUUGGAAGAAUGCAAAAGAAGUGAGUGAUUUUGUGAGAAAAGAAAGAAGAAAUUGUGUGAGUAUAUUUAAUAAAAAUAUGGUAUUUAUAGAAAAAGUUUAAUAUGUUUGAAAGAUAAAAAAGAAAAAAAAACAAAAAAUUGCGUUGCAAAAAAACUAGCCGUUGCAAACAUCAACCAAUAGAUUUUUCCAUUUGAUUUCGUGGAACACACAACGCCCAAAUACAACCACGUACGAUUGACCACGAUUGGUCGGGAUGGUAUGCACGGUCGUGGUUGUAGUCCACGUAUACCACGAGAUGACUCGUGAUGAACAUAUGAGAAGGCCUUAUAAGUAGAUUUAGCUUUAAAAGUCAAAAGAGCUUUUACAUUGAGGAACUUAUUUAUUUAUUUAUUUAUUUUUCUUAUUUAUUUAUUUAUUUUUCUUUUUUUAUUGAAGCGAGCAUUCUUAUAAAAGUAUUGAUAUACGUAUAGUCAAAAUGUAAAGCUACAUCUACGUCUACACUUUUCUGCGUUAAUUACGAAUAUAGACUCUUUUUGAAGCAAAUAUUAGUGUAUGUGAGUAUGUGACAACAAUCACAGUAUAACUCCGUCAAAACAACCAUGGCAGAUCCUUCUACUCAUUUCUUCAAGUUCAUCGCUCCAGGCUUCAAAUUUGACCUCUCGCUUCCAAGUUCUUUCUUGACGCAACUGAACUGUGGUAGAUGCUCGAAAGCGACACUGAGUCGUGGGCGUCAUGAAUGGUCCGUUGACAUUGACGACGGGGUCUUCGGUGACGGAUGGAGGAGGUUUGUUAGAGAGAAUGGAGUUCAAGAGUUCGAUUUCAUUGUGUUCAAACAUAAAGGAGGCAUGAAUUUUGACUUUUUGGUGUUUGACCAAUCAACAUGUGAAAGACAAUACCCAGAUAUAUCGGACGAAAUGGAGGUAGAAGAGCCUCCCACAAUAUCUGAUACGAUCCGUACACAUAUGAAAGAGCCGAAGAACCUUAAAAAACACAAGAGGAACGAUUAUGCAUCUCAAGACCAACAAAAAUUUCAAGUAAAGAAGGAGACUGGUUCAACAAUAAAGAAGGCAACUAGUUCCACUCUUAAAGAUCACCCAUACUUUAUUUCGACUCUGAAGCCUACUUGCUUCAAAAAGUUCUUUCUUCAACUUCCUCUUCACUUUGCGAAACGAAGUCGUUUGAAAACUGGAGAAAUGAUUAUUGUAGACGAUAAAGAUCGAUCAUGGAAAGUUCAGCUGAACAAAAAAGAUGAGAGAUGUUUUCUUCUUGGAUGCGGUCUAAGAGCUUUUCUGGUUGCGAAUGAAUUGAAGGUAGGUGAUGCAUUAAAGUUUGAGCUAAUCGAGAAAGAGAAGAACAAGCCUCCUGUCGUCAGCUUUUCUUGUUUGACUCCUAUUGAAGAAGAUGGCCGCCGGUACCUUAUCGGCAAAUUGAAGUCCUACAACGUACGAAAAUCAUAUCUGUAUCUGCCACAAGAAUUUGUCACGUUCAAUGGGUUAAUGAAUAAGAAAAUAAUGAUCCUCAAAAACGCAGAAGACGAAAGGUUAUGGACAGUCGAGUUGAGGAACAAUAAGAGGGGCUAUUAUAUAGCUUGGAAAAAAUUCCCCGUUGCAAAUGGAUUGAAGGAAGGAGAUUGUUUCAAAAUUGAGGUCGUCGACAAUGGGAAAAAGCCCAUAGUAAACUUUAAUUUACUUGCAAAAUGAAUUUUAAAGGUAGCUAGGCUUUCGUAGUUUCGUAUCGUUAGUCUUUUGUUGCUAAUGAUGGGUUUGGUUAGUUGCCAUAAAUGUCAUAUAUACUUAAAUUUUCCUACUUAAUUUCCUAA